CUCUUCGUCUCAAUGCUGCUAUGCCCGAGCUCCUGGACGUCAUCGAUGCUUGCCGAGGUCUCGCCGACGCGAGGGUUCGUUGGGUCAACACCGAUACAGGAGGAGUGAACCUUCCGACCCUCAAAUGCUUGCCCAAUGGCAAAACCUUGUGCUGAGGCCUACAAGUUCAGGUGCAGAGACAGUACCGCAAGACAUCGAUCGCAGGAGCGCUUAUGUGGAAGACAGCGGCAGGGAUUGAGCACUGGCGAUCAUGGCCUAGGGCGACGAGUCUGUUCGCCAACGCCUUCCGAGCACCAGACCAUACAGACCGUAUGGGACGUGCCCGUCACAUAUUGGCUGUUGACCGCAUACUCGGGUGACCUCGCCCUCUCUAUGCUCGUAAUUCCUCAGUUGGGCUGAUGUCAAGCUUGAGCUGUGCGAUAUUGGGGCGUCCUUCCUGCCUCGUACCUCAUACUGGUAUUCUACUGAGCACCUCGCCGGAAGUCCGAAUUGCCCA